GCUCGAGGGUUGGGGGGGCGGCUUCUCAGCGGGAAGUCUGCAGUUUCACAGCUUCCGAAUCGCCCUUUCUCACCUAAUGAGCGCACUCACAAGGCCGCUGAUAAGGCUGCAGACAAAGGGCUGUUUAAUGGAGUGGGGGGGUAGCUCGGAAAAGGAUUUCUUGUGUUAAAAAAAGGAGUUAAAACAGAGCCCACCUGAGCGGCGAGAAAUGACCCGAGUUUGGGCUAAAAGGAGAAGAUUUUACGCACAAGACUUUUACGCACAGCUUGGCACAGAUGUACAUUUUGUCUCUUGGUGUUCAUGGUGCGGUGAGGCGGAUCAUACGUGUCCGUCACCCUGAAGACACUCCGGUGUGUGUGUGUGUGUGUGACCUGAGGCCCGGUGUUUUCCUCCACAGACGUUGGAAAGAAAAUGGAGUGUGUGCCUUUAAGGCGCCCGACUGCCUGUCGCUUUCUGCUGCGGAGAGACUGACGCCCUCUGGACACAGUGGACACUUGAGCGGCGGCAGAACACCAUCCUGGAGAAGUUCAAAGAGAAAACAGCCACUCUCCCUCUUAAAAAGAAAAGUCUCGGACUUGUUAACAACGCUGAGGUGUUUCCAGUGCCGUGCUGGUGAGCCGUCAGGAUGAGGCCUGGUCAGCUGAUCCUCCCCGCCGCCGCCACUCUCCUCUUCCUCCUAUCAGGACUGUCUUUGACCUCCGGCUGCAACAAAGCGCUCUGCGCAAGCGACGUCAGCAAGUGUCUCAUCCAGGAGCUGUGCCAGUGUCGUCCGUCCGAUGGGAACUGUUCGUGCUGUAAAGAGUGCAUGCUGUGUCUGGGGAACCUUUGGGAAGAGUGCUGCGACUGCGUGGGGAUGUGUAACCCCAAGAACUACAGCGACACUCCGGCCACGUCGAAGAGCACCGUGGAGGAGCUGCACCGCCCGAUCCCCUCGCUGUUCCGCGCCCUCACAGAAGGCGAAGCGCCGAUCAACAUGAUGGUGGUGUCCUUCCCCGUCGCCGAGGAGCUCUCCCAUCACGAGAACAUGGUGUCCUUCCUGGAGUCGCUCGACAGCCAGCAGCAGAACGUCUCCGUGCCGGGCAACAGCAUCCACGCCAGCUAUGACACUCAAGAAAACAUGUGCACAGUGGUCUACUUUGACGACUGCGUGUCUAUCCGUCAGUGCAAACUAUACUGCGAGUCAAUGGGAGGAUCCAAGUACCGCUGGUUUCACAACGCCUGCUGCCAGUGCAUCGGACCGGAGUGCGUGGACUACGGCAGCAAGGCUGUGAAGUGCAUGAACUGUCUCUUCUGAAGUGCGGGCACAUAUUGGUACCAAAUGUCUGGGCCAUACCAGAGGACUGAGGGCAGAGGAAACUAUGACUGUUAUGUGUUAGCAUUCCUCAGUUACCUUGUAAAAUACCCCCUACACCCCCGCCUCCUACCCCUGCAAAAUUUGUUUUUAUUCUGCUGUUAUGUUUCACUGUAUAUUUUUAGAUAUGUUUUCAAUAGUGUUUUUUUUUACUAGAGGUGUAUAUGAAUAACGUAUUUUUACAAUUAUGGUCUGCCAAAUCCCAGUCUCAUGCCAAAUAAAGAAAAGUUUGGUGACAUGGACUGUUUUGUGUCACAGAAAGGUGUCUGAUCUUAAAAUAUAUGUUCUCCCAUUUGCUUAAAAAGAUGUGUAAAGGGAAAAAAUGAGUGGAAUAGUAAAUGUUUGUUCUCCCCAGUU